GACUCUCACACUCAGACACUGACCAUUUCCCACUCCUCGAUGCGCACCUUACCCCAACCCCACGCCUCCCUCCAUCCCCCUCCACGUUUCCCAAAUCUCCCAUUUAUGGCUUCCCCAAUUCAAACCCACUGUUGUUAGGAACAGGACCAUGGAAUCACAACCAUUUCAAUGGCGGUUCAACCAUUAAAAGCCUUUGGGGGCUGCCCCAGCUUCAACUUGCCUUGCCGCCCAUCAGAACAAAAGAAGAGAAAAGAGAAAAGACACCGCAUCCACAAGUGGGGGACAGCAAAAGAAGAGCCAUCACUGUGAUCAAAUCUUAUCGUACGCCUGCCCUGCCCUCCUCCUCCUUCUUUUACCCUCUACCCCGCAGAAACAGAGCAGCGCCACCGCCAGAAACUGGAACCACUAAUUUCUCUGACUCUUGCAGUACAUAAUAAGCAAACUCAUAGCAAUCGAUCUGGUUCUGGGGCGAAGCCAAGAGGAAAAGAAAGUAGAUUAAUCGCUUAGUCGUUUUUCUCUUGUCGUUAUUCAUUUAGAGAGAGAAAAGGGGGUGGUGGAAUAAAGGUUAAACAUGAUAUAGAAACUUCUCUCCCACCCAUUGGAUUCCUCUUUUCAGUUCCUGUGUAUAUAUUUGCGUUGAGGGUUUUCUUCUUUUUUUCUGGGGUUUAAGAAGAAGAACAUAUCGAGGAAAAGAAUGGCGAAUCGAUGGUGGGCUGAAAAUAUACCCACUGCCACAGAUAGCAGUACCAGUAACCCUUAUUCGACUCCAUUAAAGCAAUCCUUGGAAGUUACCGAUGAGGAGAACAACUCUGGCAGCCAUGAGAGGGGCGAACCAGGCUCCAGCUCCAACUCCACGUCUCAGAGCAUGGGGGAGCAGCCGCCGCCGCCGCCGAUGGCGGUUUACAAUGUGCCUCCGAAUUUGGUGCCAAAUGGUCAGGUUUCUUCACAUGAUGUGUUCUGGAACCCUCCUCGAGCCCCACCACCAUUUUAACAGAGAAAACUAGAGAAAGAGAGAGAGAGAGAGAGAAGAGAAUGGUAGUUUUUGUUUGAAGUUUUGAACUGAACCCUUUCUUUUACCUGAAAAAACAUCUUGUCAAAUUAUCUAUGUAAGCAUAUAUAUCAAGUGUAGCUGUUAGCAUUUUGUUUGUU